CCUGCGCUGCCGACUCCGCGGCGGCCCCGGAUCCAGGCCGGGCCGCGGCUCUCGCCGCCCAGUCUAGCCUAGUCCAGCCCGGCCCGGCCCAGCCGCCCAGCCGAAGCCGCCCGCGCCGCCAGCCCCGCGCCCCGAAGAAGCAGUCAGCGCUGCGCCCGGCCGGGUCCCCAGCGCCGCCCGCCCGCAUCCCCGCCCGGCCCCGGGCCCCCAGCCCCUCCCCGCCCCGGGGCCGGGGCCCCCGCCGCCUCCCGGCCCCCGCGCCCCGGCCCCGGUUCCCCGGGCCAUGCGGCCUCGGCCCCGCCGGCGCCCGCCGCGCACCCGAGGAGAUGAGGCUCCGCAAUGGCACCUUCCUGACGCUGCUGCUCUUCUGCCUGUGCGCCUUCCUCUCGCUCUCCUGGUACGCGGCGCUCAGCGGCCAGAAAGGGGAUGUGGUGGACGUGUACCAGCGGGAGUUCCUGGCGCUGCGUGACCGGCUGCACGCGGCUGAGCAGGAGAGCCUCAAGCGCUCUAAGGAGCUCAACCUGGUGCUGGACGAGAUCAAGAGGGCUGUGUCGGAGAGGCAGGCGCUGCGAGAGGGGGAGGGCAAUCGCACCUGGGGCCGCCUGACUGAGGAUCCACGACUGAAGCCGUGGAACGUCUCGCACAAGCACGUGCUGCACCUGCCCACCGUCUUCCAUCACCUGCCGCACCUGCUGGCCAAGGAAAGCAGCCUGCAACCUGCCGUGCGCGUGGGCCAGGGCCGUACUGGAGUGUCGGUAGUGAUGGGCAUCCCCAGCGUGCGGCGGGAGGUGCACUCGUACCUGACAGACACGCUGCACUCGCUCAUCUCGGAGCUGAGCCCGCAGGAGAAGGAGGACUCGGUCAUCGUGGUGCUGAUCGCCGAGACUGACCCACAGUACACCUCGGUGGUGACAGAGAACAUCAAAGCCUUGUUUCCCACGGAGAUCCAUUCUGGGCUCCUGGAGGUCAUCUCCCCUUCCCCCCACUUCUACCCUGACUUCUCCCGCCUCCGAGAGUCCUUUGGGGACCCCAAGGAGAGAGUCAGGUGGAGGACCAAACAGAACCUCGAUUACUGCUUCCUCAUGAUGUAUGCGCAGUCCAAAGGCAUCUACUAUGUGCAGCUGGAGGAUGACAUUGUCGCCAAGCCAAACUACCUGAGCACCAUGAAGAACUUCGCCCUGCAACAGCCUUCUGAGGACUGGAUGAUCCUGGAGUUCUCCCAGCUGGGCUUCAUUGGGAAGAUGUUCAAGUCGCUGGACUUGAGCCUGAUUGUGGAGUUCAUCCUCAUGUUCUACCGGGACAAGCCCAUUGACUGGCUCCUGGAUCACAUCCUGUGGGUGAAGGUCUGCAACCCCGAGAAGGAUGCGAAGCACUGUGACCGGCAGAAGGCCAACCUUCGGAUCCGCUUCAAGCCAUCCCUCUUCCAGCAUGUAGGCACUCACUCCUCACUGGCGGGCAAGAUCCAGAAACUGAAGGACAAGGACUUUGGGAAGCAGGCGCUGAGGAAGGAGCAUGUGAACCCACCGGCCGAGGUGAGCACAAGCCUCAAGACAUACCAGCACUUCACCCUGGAGAAGGCCUACCUGCGCGAGGAUUUCUUCUGGGCCUUCACACCUGCUGCAGGGGACUUCAUCCGCUUCCGCUUCUUCCAGCCGCUGCGUCUUGAGCGGUUCUUCUUCCGCAGCGGGAACAUUGAGCACCCAGAGGACAAGCUCUUCAACACAUCCGUGGAGGUGCUGCCGUUUGAUAACCCCCAGUCAGACAAGGAGGCCCUUCAGGAGGGCCGCUCAGCCACUCUGAGGUACCCUCGGAGCCCUGAUGGCUACCUCCAGAUAGGCUCCUUCUACAAGGGUGUGGCAGAAGGUGAGGUGGACCCAGCCUUUGGCCCCCUGGAAGCACUGCGCCUCUCCAUCCAGACAGACUCUCCAGUGUGGGUCAUUCUGAGCGAGAUCUUCCUGAAAAAGGCCGACUAAGCGGAGGGCUUCUGAGGGUGCACUUUGGCUGGCCAUGAAGCCCAUGAGACCUGGGAGACCUGGGAUGUUGUGGCUACUGCCCCUGGAGGGCCAGGCAUCGCUGCCCCAAGCCUGAGGGGUUCUGCCCAGCGCUCCCCGCUCUGCAAGCCUGGGAUCCCCAGGCCUGGGAUCGCCGCUGGCCCGGAGGCCCCAGGAGCUGGUGCUGCCCCCGCCCGCCCGGCCGCGGGAGGAGGCAGGCGGCCCCCACACUGUGCCUGAGGCCGGCCUGUGCCGCCCAGAACCGUUCGCACCCGGCCGGCUUGAGCCAGGCCGUUUUAGAAGAGCUUUUUCCUGGGCGCCCGCUGUCUCCGGCGCGAACACUGGAAUGCAUAUACUACUUUAUGUGCUGUGUUUUUUAUUCUUGGAUACAUUUGAUUUUUUCACGUAAGUCCACAUAUACUUCUAUAAGAGCGUGACUUGUAAUAAAGGGUUAAUGAAG